GGAGAUGUCGCGGCUCGGGGGCGCCCUGCUGUGCCUGCUGCUGGCGGUGGCUGUCCCCACGGCUCCUGCACCGGCCCCCACGACCUCGGCUCCUAGAGAGUCCGGCCCGGCUCUCAGCUACCCGCAGGAGGAGGCCACCCUCAACGAGAUGUUCCGCGAGGUGGAGGAGCUGAUGGAGGACACGCAGCACAAGCUGCGCAGCGCGGUGGAGGAGAUGGAGGCAGAAGAAGCUGCUGCUAAAACAUCCUCAGAAGUGAACUUGGAAAAUUUACCUCCUAGCUACCACAAUGAGACCAACACAGACACCAAGGUUGGAAAUAAUACCAUCCACGUACACCGAGAAAUUCACAAGGUAACCAACAAUCAGACUGGACAAACAGUCUUUUCAGAGACUGUGAUUACAUCCAUGGUAGAUGAAGACAAGAGAAACCACGAGUGCAUCAUUGAUGAGGACUGUGGACCAGGCAGGUACUGUCAGUUUGCCAGCUUCGAGUACACCUGCCAGCAGUGCCGGGACCAGCAGACACCCUGCACCCGGGACAGUGAGUGCUGCGGGGGCCAGCUGUGCGUCUGGGGUCACUGCUCCAAAGUGGCCACCAGAGGUGGCAACGGAACCAUCUGUGACAACCAGAGGGACUGCCAACCUGGGCUGUGCUGUGCCUUCCAGCGAGGCCUGCUGUUUCCUGUGUGCACGCCACUGCCCAUGGAGGGUGAGCUCUGCCAUGACCCCGCCAGCCGGCUUCUUGACCUCAUCACCUGGGAGCUAGAGCCCGAUGGGGCAUUGGACCGAUGCCCGUGUGCCAGUGGCCUCCUCUGCCAGCCCCACAGCCACAGCCUGGUGUAUGUGUGCAAGCCUGCCUUCGGCGGGAGCCCAGAGGAAGAUGGAGUGAGCCUGCUGCCCAGAGAGGCCUUGGAUGAGUAUGAAGACGGCGGCUUCAUCGAGGAAGUGCGCAAGGAGCUGGAGAGCCUGGAGAGGAACCUGUCAGAGGAAAUGGCACCCCAGGGGCUGGAGGGAGCCUCUGAGCUGCUGGGUGGAGAGGAGAUUUAGAUCCAUACCCGCUUUGCGGGUUGAUGUGCAAUAGAAAUAGCUAAUUUAUUCCCCCAGGUGUGUGUCCUUUAGGUGUGGACUGACCAGGCUUUCUUCCCAUUCCCUCUUCCCAGUAGAUAGUCCCCUCUGGCUUGA